AUGGAGUCUUCUCUCGUAAUCAAUCAAUCUCUAUUUCGCAUCAAACUUUAUUCCUCUAUUCCCAAAUCUUCUUCUUUCUCCAUUCAAUCCUUUCCGAUCAGACAGAUCCGGAAGCAGCUAUGUUUCCGAUCGAUAUCAAGAGCCGUACAAAAAAACUACGAAACAGCAACCACCGUGGAAGACGAUGAAUCAUACGGAGAAGUGAACAAGAUCAUCGGAAGCCGGACGGCGGAAAGCGGCGCCGCCAUGGAAUACCUUAUCGAAUGGAAAGACGGUCAUUCCCCUUCGUGGGUCCCAUCGAGCUACAUCGCAGCAGACGUCGUGUCGGAAUACGAGACUCCAUGGUGGACCGCCGCGAGAAAAGCCGACGAUCAGGCCCUGGCACAGCUUCUUGAGUCAGAAGACGGUCGCGAUAUCAACGCCGUAGACGAAAACGGUAGAACGGCGCUUCUUUUCGUGGCGGGUCUUGGUUCGGACAAGUGCGUUAGGCUUCUGUCGGAAGCUGGAGCCAAUCUGGACCACCGUGACAUCAGAGGCGGUUUAACGGCGCUUCACAUGGCGGCUGGUUACGUGAAACCGGACGUGGUUGCGGCGCUGGUUGAGCUCGGCGCCGAUGUAGAGGUGGAAGACGAGAGAGGUUUAACGGCUCUGGAGCUAGCGAAGGAGAUUCUUAAGACAACACCUAAAGGGAAUCCGAUGCAGUUUGGUCGGAGAUUGGGUCUAGAGAAGGUGAUCAGUAUACUGGAAGGAGAAGUGUUCGAGUACGCGGAGGUGCAGGAGAUUAUGGAGAAACGAGGGAAAGGGAAAGACGUUGAAUAUUUGGUCAAAUGGAAGGACGGUGGAGAUUGCGAAUGGGUGAAAGGUGUACACGUGGCGGAAGAUGUGGCGAAGGACUACGAGGCUGGGCUGGAGUACGCUGUAGCGGAGAGAGUGAUGGGGAAGAGGAUGGGUGACAAUGGGAAAACAGAGUAUCUUGUGAAAUGGACUGAUAUGGCUGAUGCCACGUGGGAGCCUCAAGAGAAUGUGGAUUCUGGCCUUGUUCAACUCUACGAAGAGGCCCAAGUUAUUAAUAACGGCCCAACUACUCUUUGA